AUGAUGAUGAUAAAGAAGAAGAAUAACGCAAAACAACGAGAACAACAACAACGUGAAAAAGAAGAUGAGCAUAAAAGUUACGCGCAUUACUUAAAAGCGGUGAGAGAAGGAAACGUGCACGCGUUUGAUGAUCUCGACGAUGAUGAUGAUGAUCAAAAGUUGGAAUCCUUUUUGGAGAAAUCUUUAGCGAACGCUUCGUCUUUAAAAAAAGACGAGGAUGACGACGACGAAGAGGAUGAGAGGAGUUUUAUACACGUCGCGGCCGCAAACGGACACGGAGACCUCUUAGAACUCUUCUUGAACACCAAUUUGAUGAAACAAAAAGGAGGAGAAUUCUUAGAACACCCGGAAAAAGGGGAGUGGGGUGGCACCCCUUUGCACUCCGCAACGGCUGGAGGACACAUGUCUACGGUUUCGAUUUUAUUAGCGGCGGGCGCAAACGCGAACGCGAAAACGCGAGGACGAGAUUUAACCGCGUUACACUACGCCAGUUCGAAAGGGUACGGAGAUAUCGCGAGGAAAUUAAUCGAAGCAGGCGCGGACGUGAACGCGAAGGACGCGAGCGGGAACGCGCCGGCGCAUCGAGCGGCGAGUCAAGGGCGGUUGGCCGUUUUGAAAGUGCUGUUUACGGAAGAUACAGAGUUGGGGACGAAAAUAGACGACAGAGAUAGUUGUGGGUCGACGCCGUUGUUGGUGGCCGCGGAGGCUGGCCAGGACGAGUGCGCGAUUUUUUUGGCGAAAUGUGGCGCGAACGUACACGCGGUCGAUAACGAGAAGCAUGGCGUUCCGGAGAGAUUGCGAGGCGUUUUGAAAUCAAUAUAA